GAUCAGUUGGAAAUCAAACCCCUGCCCUUCCCGCUUACCUGUAUGUGCCCGACGCAUCUCACGAUAGCCUCGUUCCGGGCGGGCUGCGACGCCAUCGCUCACUCGUCUCCGGCGCCCCCGCCGACCACCGUAUCACAACAGCCCUAUCGCAACAUACUCGUCUCCCUCCGUGUCCUCGCCUCAGGCUCGCUUAGUAGCAGCUGUCGCACAGAGUUCAAACGCUCCCGCACGCGUCCUCCACAGGCGAGGAUGCCUCUCACGGGAGCCUGCGCAGUGCGGCGGACGGAGCAUCGCCGUCAGGCUUCGUUAUCUCGACACGGCGUGGACUCGCACCAUGCGCCCAGAAGACACUCGUUAUGGAGAGGCCUGCACGGUGGGGACGUGUAGGUGUGUUCGGCGGGCGUGGUGGCCCUGCGAAGCCAGCCGCGUUCGUCGUCUCCCUUGCCGGCGCUCCAUCGCCACCUCGUCGAGACCGCAGUCACCCUGGGAGUUGGCUGAUAAGCUUUCAUCGUCUGGGCUCACGCAGAGUUCGCACUGUGGACGCGUGGGCUUGGGCGCCCGAGGAGAUGCCGUCUUCUGGGCUCAGCAGCCCGUAAUGUUCUGGAGCAGUAUUGGCAAGCCUGAUGAAUUGAUCGCACGUUCGGUCAGACGUGAUUACCUCUGUGUCGGGCGAAGCUGUCCAAAGAGAGGCAUACGAGGCCUAGUCCCACGACCUCAUGCAAUAAUCGCUCGAGUCACUGCGGACCGCGCAAGACACAACCUGGAAUCAUGCACUUUUCAUCGUGUACGAUCAGAAGGCUCAUGCUCGCUGAUCGUGCAGUACCGUCUAGCAUCGAUCCGAUUGCACUCCUCAGCGGACUUAACGUGGACUCGGCACGCGACGGUAUACGACCAGAACCAGUGCGACGCCGUAUCGAUCAGGAUCUGCCCGACAGGAGGUUGGUUCCCCGGACGCACCUGAUCUCCCCAAUUGUUCUGUACGCGCUGCGUAAUACUCAUACCGUGCCACGCAUCUACACGCUGAGCGUAUAUUAUUCCUGUGGAACGAGUCUAUCGC